AUGCAGGAACCAUUUCAUCAACGUGUUAUUGUAAUCACGGAAAUAUGUCGUUCAAAAUAUUACAACGAAUUAUACAGUUGGCGAGCAUAUCAUUCGCUUGGAAUAGUCCUAGCACUUUUGCUAGUAAUUCCAACAAAGUUUAUUGUUGGUGAACUGAGGCCGAUUUUCUUGGAUAUAUGUAAUCCAUUAUAUGAUAGUGGUUAUUGUCAUAAUCAGACAUAUAUUCUGAAUUAUAAAUGUCGUGGCAAUAAGUACAAUCAUACUGUUAAAGAAGCACGACUUUCAUUUUUUAGUGGACAUGCUUCAUUAGCUAUGACAGCGGCUACUUUUUUUAUUAUUUAUGUGCAAUCACGAAUUCCACAUAGAGGCUUGGCUAUUAUUGCAAAACCUCUGAUACAACUAUUUGCUCUUGGAUUAGGAUUUUAUACUGGAUAUACUCGAGUCAUUGAUGGCAUGCAUCAUUUGCAUGAUGUAGUCGUUGGAUAUAUCGUUGGUAUAUUAUUAGGCUACAUCACGGCUAAAUAUAUAGCAGAAUUAAGAAUGAAAUCUAAUAAAAUGCGACAAAAUGAAAUGGAAUUGCAAAAAAUUGAAUUUCCUCAAACAUCAUCAGAUGAGAAUAUACCAGUGUAUAAAACAAGCGUUGUUCGAGUUGAACCAACCGAAUUACGAAUAUUUGAUUAA